GUUGCAGUCACCGCCGCCGCCGACGAUUCACCGCCCCACCGCGGCGCAUGUGCCGCCAGCUACCUGCAGUGCUGUAAGCAAUUCGGUCACCCCUUAGCUGCAUGUCCACUGUAAAGACAGAGACGUCAGAAGGAGGACCUCAGAAAGAGACAGAGAUAUUGGGAAUUCCAUCGAUAAUCUGUGUAGUUGAACCAAAAAAAAAGACCCCUCGUUUUUAACUAUCACCGACAACUGCAACAGCGCCACGAGAUCGACUCACCUAACCGGUUUACUGGAGUGGUGGGACGACGGGGGAACGAGCAGGCUGUAUUAGUGCGUACGGACUACGGAUCACCACCGUCAAUUCACUCGGUGACGUUCCACGAGCAUAACUUGGUCCGCGCCAGUGGUUACUUAUAUUAGUAAACUCAUACAUUAUUACGUGUAACUCAUAUCAGUGUUUCUUUGUAAUAACAAUUACUCAUUUGUAAUAUUUGUACAAUUGCAAUAUCGUACAUUUGUAAUAUCCGGAGUACAUUCAAUUUUGCCAUUCAGGUGUACGUGUAUUAUCAACCGCCUAAUCACCCAGGAACUCGAGAACCCAGGAACAAGCUAAGGUCUUACACGUUAACGCGUUCUUCUAUAUAUUGCCUAAGGAACUUCUUUUAAAUUAUAUAUCAAAAGAUACAAUUAACAUGUCUAACAUGAAGCGCAGAAGAAUAGAUUGUGAAUUGCUUAUGAAAAAUUACCGCGCAGAACAAGUUAAAUUAUUAGGGAAGAAGAUACUGCAAGAUAUAAUUGAUGGUAGAAAAUUUGAAAUUAAAAUAUGUGACUAUAGAUUGUUGGAAAAAGGAAUGAUGAUGAAUGAUAUACUUAUUGAAUUUUAUUUGUCGUAUAUGCAUAGUAAACUAAGUGAUAUGGAUAAAGAAAAGUCAUAUGUAUUCAGUACACACUUUUAUACUACCUUAACGAAAUCAAUUAAUGCAUCUUCAUAUGAUUCGUCCUCAUCGACCUCAAAGAAUAGACACAACAAAGUGGCCAGGUGGACAAAAACAAUAGAUGUAUUCAAAAAGGAUUUCAUAUUUAUUCCUAUAAACAAAUUAAAACAUUGGUGCCUGGCAGUCAUAUGUUUUCCUUACCUAUUAGGUAAGGUUGACAUAAAAAACGGGAUCGACGUUGAUGAACCCGAUGAUGAUACUGGUCGAUAUAAAGUGUCACAAUGUAAACCAAUAAAUUUUGGAUACGAUGAAGCUGAUCCGAAUGUAGAAGAUCUGUGGCUGUUUGAUUUAUGCUUACCUAAAAACUAUCAAGAUAGAUGCAGCAAUUAUUAUGAUGACGUGGAAGUAUUAAAAAAACAAAAAAAAAAUAAACUAGUUAAACGGCCUUGCAUUUUGAUAUUUGAUUCAUACUCCAGAGGUAUACUGAAUGCAGUGAUCACAGCAACGCUACGUGAAUGGUUACAGGAAGAAUAUUGUAAGAAAUAUGUCGAAGAAAAAGACUUUCACUUUAUGAAAGCAUGUUCAGUCAAAGUACCUCAGCAACCUAAUGACAAGGAUUGUGGUCUUUUUUUAAUGCAUUAUUUCGAAAUGUUUUAUUCUCGGCCAAUUAUUGAUUACACUUUUCCAAUUCAUCACUUGGAAAAUUGGUUCCAUACUGAUGAUGUGGUCAAGAAUGGGAAAAAAAGAAAAGAAGUUUACAAUAUUAUAAUGGAAAGAAUAAAUGCACAAGGAUUACCUGAUGGUAUUGAAUUGCCAGUUCUACAUUUUAAUGACCCCAUUGAAGAGUCUGGUGACAUUCAUAAUAUGAAUGAUUUGAUUGAAAAAGUUGACAAAGAAGAAAAAGACAAAGAAAAAAACGAAGAAAAAGAAGAUUCUGCCAUAGAAGAAGGGGAAGAAAAAGAAGAAUACGAUGAUCAACAUUAUACCAUAGAAUUAGACUUUGACAAUGCAGAUAAUAUUCUUCUCAUCGAUGAAGAUAAGAUGGAGAAGAAGAUAUUGAGUGAGUAA